AUGAGUCCACGGUGCCCUACAGAACCUGGCAAGGUGUCUUCAUCCGGAAAAUUCAGCUAUCUGUCACCCAGGGCCCUCUACGCGCGCCUGAUUACUUCGCCUCCAAAGCAGAAGCGUUCGGCGCUCCGUGUCACCACUGUUCUGGCAGCCGUCGCGGCGACUCUGCUCGGCGUUUGCGUCCUGGUGCUCUUUGUCCUCUUCAGCCGGUGGAGUCCCCAGAAGCUCGCGCUGUGCACCACCACCGCUUGCAGCGAGUUCGCCAAGCUCAUCGCCUAUAGUGUAAAUCAGUCUGUCGAUCCGUGCAGCGACUUCGACGCCUAUGUAUGUAGCGGCUGGCGGUUCCAACAGAAGCACUCGGUCUACAAGGCAGUGGCCAUCAAUGCGGUGGACGCGAUGACGAAAGUCAUUCGCAAGGGCAGGAGCCCCGCCCACCCUGACCAGAGCAUGGCGCAGAAGAUCAGCCUCUUCUACCGCUCCUGCGACGACGUGUGGCGAGGCGAGCGCGACGAGUUACCAGUGGUCCGCGAGCACCUUCUUCGGGCGGGCGUCGUGUGGCCUCGGAUAUCCGCGGCACCCGACGUUCUUCGCACACUGCUCGUUUGA